AUGUGCAUGUCCUCGGAGCGGCCCUUGGUGUCCAGCUGCGCCACCACUGCCUCCAGCGUGGAGGCGCGGAACAAGGCGCGUUUGGCCGAGGCGCUGCAGGAGGUGCAGCGCCUACAGCAGCGCACGGACCGAGCCAACCAGGUUACGCAACAAAGUGAAUUUGAUUUGGCUAGGAAUUUGCAGAGUCGGAACUGCCUCAAAGUGGGCUGGUGA